AUGUCCUCACCGUCACCCGCGCUGGCUACUUCCCCCGAACAAAACGGCUUCUCAGACGAUGCGACCGCCCGCGCACGCUUGCUGGAGGUUUCCACGGCCAUCCUGCGUCAAGCGGUCAACCUCGUGCAAGAUAGCCUCACUACUGACCAGCAGCUCACCGCGCAAUCAAACUAUAUACCCGGGUCUACGAUAGGCAAACAUCUCAGACAUGCUCGAGAUCAUUUCGCGCUUCUCGCAGAGGCGAUAUCCACGCCGGCGCCCCAUGUAUUGAAUUACGACAAGCGAGCGCGCAAUACCCCCAUGGAAAGCCAGCGCAAGGCAGCCGCAGAUGCAUUGAAUGAGGCUAUCGCGCAACUACACGAAGUUGUGCCAACGGCAAAUCUGGCCGAGCCCAUCACAUUGCACGCCGUCACGCCGUAUCCUCAGGUUAUGGAGACCACAUUUGCGCGAGAGCUGUGGUUUGCAGGUCUGCAUGCAAUUCAUCAUUGGUCAAUGGUACGAGUCAUUGCUGGCGAGCUUGGCAUCAAGCUAGAGGAUACGUUUGGCUUUGCGCCUUCCACGAUUGUCCAUAUGGAAUCAAAGGCGGCCUUUGGAAAACCCAAGAUAUAG